AUGCCAGUUACUGCGCAUCCUGCCUUCAAUAAGGCUUGUUCAUAUUUUAAAAUAAAAAUGAGACGCAUUCCGAUUGAUCCCAAAACAUUAAAAGUUGAUAUUGUUCAAAUGAGACGUGCCAUAACAAAAAAUACUUGUAUGCUUGUAGGAUCAGCUCCCGGAUUUCCAUAUGGUACAAUAGAUCCUCUUGAAGAAAUAUCAGAACUUGCUGUUCAAUAUAAAGUUCCAUUUCAUGUUGAUGCAUGUCUUGGUGGUUUCUUAAUUGCAUUUAUGGACGAAGCUGGUUACGAACUAAGACCAUUUGAUUUUCGUUUAAAGGGUGUGACAAGUAUGAGUUGUGAUACACAUAAGUAUGGUUUUACACUCAAAGGAACUUCAGUAAUUUUGUAUCGUGAUUCAAACAUACGAUCUCAUCAAUUUUUUGCUGUUGCCGAUUGGCCAGGUGGAAUAUAUAUUUCACCAAGUGUAGCUGGAAGUCGCUCUGGUUUUCUCAUUGCUUGUUGUUGGGCAACGAUGAUGUAUUAUGGACAUACAGGCUAUGUCAAAGAAACAAAAAAGAUUAUUGAAGCAUCAAGAGCCAUUGCUGAUGGAUGGAGUAACAUCGAGGGCUUGUAUUUAGUAGGUGAACCACAAGUUAGUGUGGUGGCUGUUGGAUCAAAACGUUUUAAUAUAUAUUAUUUACUGGAUGCACUACAGAAUCUAGGAUGGCAUUUAAACGGAUGUCAAAAUCCAGCCGCAAUACAUAUUGCUGUUACUCAGUUGCAUACGUUACCAAAUGUGAUUGAAAAAUUAAUCAGUGAUACAAAAGAAAGUGUAAACAAAAUAUUAUCAGAAAAUAUGAAAAAUGAUACGCCUACAAUUGUUUUUGCAGAUCAAUAUUGUUACGAUUUAUUACAUAUUUUUAAGAAGACACGUUUUAUUUCGUGUUUUCUUUGUUUGAUCAUGUCAUCAUCGUUCCUAACUGACUCAAAACCACCAUUAGGAACGGAUGAUUUACUAUUUUCUGCCAGUAAUCAAGAUUUAUUAUUAUCUCAUAGUGGUGAUGCUGGAGAGGAAAUUGAUGAUUUGAACGAUGAAACAUUUGGUGAAUCAGUAGAAAAAAUAAAAAUAAAAUCUGAUUUUGGUGAAAAUGGUGAAUUUAUUGAAGAUUAUCCAUUGCAAGAAGAGGAAACAAAUAUUGAUGAUCAAAUGCCAUCUAUUGAUGCUCUGGUUGGCGAUGACUCAGCAUCAAAUUUAUCAACAUCACUGGGCCGUUUAACAACAAACUAUAUGGAGCAACAAAAUCCAUUUACACAUCAACAACAAAGCCCGCUAAAUCCAUUUUUUAGUGAUACAACACAGGGUUUAUUUGAACAACGAGCAAGUCCUUUACUACCAGCAUCGACCUUAGAUGUUAACAAUUUUAUUCGUCCGUUACCUCAACAACAACAACAACAACAACAAAAGUCGUUCCGUCCCACGCCACAGAUGCCAUUUUCUACCCAGCAUAUUCAAAUAUUAAAACAAUUCGAACAAACGUUGAUUUCGAUUGAUACACCUGUAAAUGAGCGAUUAAUGUUAAUGAAACAAAUGAUGGACAAAAUACAAAGGGGUACAUUAAUGCAGCAACAGCAAACAGGAAGAACGGUAGCUAACGGUAACAACAUUCACUAUUCUCAACAUCAACGUUCACCAAACUGGAUGGAUUCAACAAAUCAACAACAACGACAACAUCAACUUCCUCCAUCAAAACCAACACCUCGUAUGUUUCGUGCUGAAGAUCUUGAACGUGAAAUGGUCGCUCAGGCCUCCUCGACUAAUAAUGAUGACAAACAACAACAUUCACAUUUGUUAACAAAUGGUGUCGGCGCCGAUAUACAACCACAAUUAAUGCCCUUUCAUCGUCCUCAAAUAUCAUCGCCUGUAUUUGAUCUACCAUAUCGUCCCUUUGCUGCACCACCACGACACUCAAAUAUGACAAAUGUUAGCAUGUCACAUCAAAUGAUGGCUGCUAUUCAACGAUCUAAUCAAAUUCCAAUUCAACAGCAACCCCACGUACCACCAGGUCCAAUUCAACGUCCAUCUUCGACAGGUACAAGUCCUAUUGAAGCUGUGCAACGUUCACGUACAGAUUCAGACAGAAGUCAACAGCAACCACCAUCUCAUCAACAUGUCUAUCCUCCACAGUCUCAUAAUAAACCGCAACGUUUAUACCCGCGUCCACCACGAUUAAUUUCCUGGCGAAAUCAAGAUGAUUAUGCUGGUCUAAUGAAUGAUCGUGAAAAACAAUGGGUAGUUAAAAUACAACUGUUACAAGUGACACCACAAUCGACAGACGAUGAUUAUUACUAUCAUAAAUGGUCGCAAAAUAAAAAACAGACACAAGGUAUUCAAGGAAAACAACAGCAGCAACAGCAAUUUCCUUUACAUCAGCAACAAAUUUCUCAACCGGUAGCUGCAUUAUUAAGAUCGUUAACAUCAAAUGCUCAAGAUGAUCAAAGAUCCUCACAACAACAAUUCUUUGGUGCUCAACAACCUGGAAGCACAGCCGCACAUCAUUCUCUAGGAAAAGUAUCAACACUAACGGCAAAACAUCCAAGAUAUGUUAUCGAUUUAGAAGGUAAUCGAACUAUUGUUAAAACAUCAAAAUGUAUAACACAUGAUAAAUAUGAUCUGGGUGUCUUAUUAAAUAUCGAAGAUAUUCACCAUGAUUUAUUGAAAUUAGAUAGCAAUGGUGGUGAAAUUGUAGAUAAACAAAUGUUACAAUCAAUUUUAAAGCGUUAUCUAUUUAAUGAUAAAUAUUUAUUUGGUGAUAUGUUUUUACAUCGAAAAGGUCAAAUUGUUCUCGAACGAAUAUAUUUAUUUGUCAUGGCUAAUGAUAUGAACAUUGAUUAUUGUGAACAUAUUUUAGUUUCAAUUUAUUCAUCAUUAUCUUAUAUGGUAACAAAAAUGAUAAGUUCAAAUUUGGUAUUUACCAUUGAACAUCUUAGUAUGAAUAUGAUUAGUUUAAUGUUACAGCAAAUGAAAAAAUAUACGUAUGAACAAUUUCUAGAGAUGUUUUACAAAUAUUUCGAUGAAAAAAUAGUGGAUAAACUAAAAGAGCCAAAAGAACAUGAUCAAACAAAUUUGUCGCCAUCAUCUAAUACACUUACUCGUUCGCCAUCUGGUCCGUUUAAUGAUAUAGUUUUAUUCUGUAAUUCUUAUUCGCUAACAUUAAUCAUCGAAUUGCUAUUGAAUAUUGAGCGACGUUGCUUAUCGUUAGCAUCCACAUCAGCAUCAGCAGUAACUACUGGAUUACCACAAGAACUACAAUAUCAUAAUCUCAGUGAACGUAUUAAUACCUUUGUCAGAGAAUUAUGUCAAACAUUAGAUCGUUGUCCCAUAGCACAAUUAAAAAAAAUCUUAAAACCCUUCCAACAACAAAAUACGGCACAAUAUGUUCAACUAAUGCGUUUUAUACAAUUAAAUUUAUUUGAUAGAAAAGAUUUAUUUCAACAAAUUGAACCAAAAUUAGCCUAUUGUCUAACUAAAGUUGUGCAACAGUAA